GGGGAACGGGAACGGGAAUGGGCACCGGCACCACCGGCUGGGGAGCAGCGAAUCGCGGGAGCGAGCCACGGGGAGGCUGCUCGGGCGGGCUCCGGAAGAGAGUGGGAAAAGGGAGCCUGUGUCCCUUGGCGCUGUCCCCUGCGGACAUCGAUGCCCUGGCUGGAGCUGCAGCAGGAGCUUAGGGAGGGCGGGUGGGGGCCAGGUGCUUUAUUGAAUAUCGUGUUUUCCCAGUUUUGCAGGUCACGGGGUUGGAGGAUGAAAUAAAGGACAUAACCAAAUUCAGGAAUAAGACUUUGCAGAUGGAAAAAAUAAAGGCAAGACUGAAAGCAGAAUUUGAAGCCUUGGAGUCUGAGGAGAGGCACCUGAAGGAAUAUAAACAGGAAAUGGACCUGCUGCUGCAAGAGAAGAUGGCUCACGUGGAGGAGCUGCGACUGAUCCACGCUGACAUUAACGUGAUGGAGAACACUAUCAAGCAGUCUGAGAAUGAUCUUAACAAGCUCUUGGAAUCGACUCGCAGGCUCCACGAGGAGUACAAGCCCCUCAAGGAGCACGUAGAUGCCUUGAGAAUGACUCUGGGCCUGCAGAGGCUGCCAGACCUGUGUGAAGAGGAAGAGAAACUGUCCCUUGACUACUUUGAAAAGCAGAAAGCAGAAUGGCAGACAGAACCACAGGAGCCUCCCAUCCCAGAGUCUCUGGCUGCAGCUGCAGCAGCUGCCCAACAGCUGCAGGUGGCCAGGAAGCAAGACACCAGACAGACAGCAACUUUCAGACAGCAGCCACCUCCAAUGAAGGCGUGUUUGUCGUGUCACCAACAAAUCCACCGGAACGCGCCCAUAUGUCCACUCUGCAAAGCAAAGAGCCGAUCUCGGAAUCCCAAAAAGCCCAAGAGGAAACAGGAUGAAUGAAAUCCAGGAGAUUGACAAGCUGUGUGACCUGUCCCAGUACUCUUCCAAUAGAAUGGCAAAUUUGCCCAGACUUUACUGAAUUGCAGACUCAAGUAUGACAGUCUCAUUGUUUUCUAUUUAAAUGCAAUGUAAGCACAAUGUUCCUGCUCUAAGUUCCUUCCAGUCUUUAGGAUUUGAUUUUAGGAAAGUAAAUAUUACUGGUGCUACAGUUUAACAUUUCAAUUGCUCCAUCUUUUGUACUCCUAAACAAACUGGAAUUCUUUGUGCAAGUGUCCUAAAUGUCAGGCUAUUUCUAUUGACCAAAUGUGAUCACCACAAAUGCUUUUAUGUUCUCUUUUUAAAAAACAGAUGUUACUAAAAGAUUAUUCUGUUUUCUCCUGAUAACAGGAGACUAUUUGAAGUGCUAAAAUAGCAGACUGUCUGUUUGUUUCACUGAAGAACAGUUUGUUCUCCUAUCUCGUAAGACUGGGUAGAUUUGGGUAUCCAAUGGAACUCUUUUUAAACAGGAAAUGUUCAGGGAAAACAAGAUUUGUUAUACCGAAAAUCAAUGCAUUAAGGACACACAUGGGUUUUGAUUUACUGAAGUUGAUUGUACCAUUCCCUCAAACUUGACUUAAAACUUGGAAAGGUGCUCUCUGUGUAUGAAUUUUUAAAAAUUAUGUUUUAACAUCUUAACAGGUUAUUAUUUUCAGCAGUCAGAAGACUGACUGACUUAAGAACAAGGCUGAAGUGAACUGUAUUAGUGGUCCUCCUAGGCUUUAUGGCUGACCAAUGCACUGUGGUUCUCUAGGAAACAUGUAUGAUAUAUGCCAGAUCUCUAUGUGCACAGACUGCACAUCAGCCAUUCUGCAUGUCUUCUGUUCCUGGUUUCUACAGCCAAAAUCUGCCAGACGUAUCCUCCACUGGAGCAUAGGAAAGUUCAGGAACAUGCAUGAGGAACAGUGUCAACUAAAAAUUAUAUCAUUCUCCAGAACCAA